AUGAUUACCGGCGGUCGCGUUCAGCUUCAGACAAACCAGUCGAACCAGGUCUUUCAAGGUGCGCAGCGUUGGGUACAGCAUAGAGGAUUACGGCGAGCCUUCCAACGUGGGCAACAACCAAACUCUUCAGGAAAUGAGCCCAAAGAGGAACAACCAAGACAAGCACCGAAGACACCGCCUCGGUAUCGCGUGGUUAGUCCCCGAUCACAGAAACGAUCGUUACAGCCUACGACCGAUCCGUCAACGGUAGCGCCUAAUCGAGAAGUGGGCGCACCGAACGGUCAGCGGCGAAUCGGGCAAUCCAAACGAAGCCAAGCGCCGAUUGGGAAACGUCCAGUGACACAGAAAUCAACUAGACCGCUGUCACCGAUGCGAACCAUUCCGGUGCAGAAGAAACGUCCACUAGUGCCGCACGCGCCAAGGGGAGCGAAUCAAUCACCGUCAAGGCGAAUGAAACGACCGGAGGAACAAAAACCGUCUCUGAAGAAACCUGAACCACCAACAAAAACACCGAGGCACCCAAGUCGGCAAUUACCACCCAAACCGACAACGCCACCACAGGCACCCAAACCACCAGCAAUACCAAAAAUGAGCGCACCGAAACCUGUUCAGGCACCUGAUACGCCCAUAAUCAAACGUCGGCCCACUCGGAAUGAGCGGAGGCAAUAA